AUGGAAGAUUCUAUCAAAAAUUCUAUCGACAAUCGAGAGUUGGCGAGAGGAGACAUUCUAUUCGACGUAACGCUUGUUCCAGAGUGGAAUGUACUGUCCGACGGUCUUCCACUCGCAGAAGUAGAUGGCCAUGAGGAAGGCGCUACGAAUUUAAGAUUUUUAUCCCAAGAAGUUGACAACGACGAGGUGGAGAAUGAGGUUGGCGAAGAUGAAGUCAGCGAAGGCACGUUCGGUGGAGACGGCGGUGAACUCGGAACGAUUCUCUUGGUUUACUUGCAUUCGGAGGCACGCUGA